AUGCGAGUAAGAAAGGGAGAACAUUAUGCCGGAUCGGUGGGCUGGAUCGGUGAUGUCUUUGGACGCGAGAAUGACAGGGGUAGUAGCCGGGGAUUAGUAUCCGGGGAGUACUUGCCAAAGAAAUUAUUUGGGGGUGAGACGAAGCAGAUGGAGAAGGCAAGAGGAGGGAGUGAAGGAGUCAGUGUAGAUCCCCUUCUCCUUCUGGUAGAAUCAUAA